UUCUGUCUUUCAGAUCCACCUUCGCGCUCGACGUUAACACUGGGUCUGUUCAUGGUGCACUCAUUGUCAGAUAAGGGCGUGAACGGGUUUUAAAUGAAUCACCAGCCAAUCCGUACAUCCUUGAAUAUUACGUGAACGAUCAACGACUGUAGACUGAUCCGAUCGAACUUUCUAAUAAUGAAAUACGAGGGUGUCGCAUUGUUCAUUUCCUUAAUUGUUUUGAACGAUGAAGUGCACAAUGGACUCGUCGCGAGCCAAUUCAACAAUCCCACCUUCUUUAUGAUCGGCGGCGUUUUCUCCAAUAAUGACAGCAAAGAGUAUUUCAAACGAACGCUAAACACUUUGAACUUCAACUCGCAAUAUGUCAAUAAGGGAGUGACUUAUAAGCACACGGUAAUUGAAAUGGACUCCAAUCCAAUUAAGACGGCUUUGAGCGUGUGUAACUCUUUGAUAGCGGAACAAGUGUACGCGGUGGUAGUUUCUCAUCCCCUUACAGGGGAUCUGUCACCAGCUGCUGUUUCUUAUACAAGUGGCUUUUAUCAUAUACCCGUUAUAGGUAUAUCUUCAAGAGAUUCCGCAUUCUCUGACAAAAACAUUCACGUCUCCUUCCUAAGGACAGUACCACCAUAUUCGCAUCAAGCAGACGUAUGGGUUGAAUUAUUGCAACACUUUAGCUAUAAGAAAGUGAUCUUCAUCCAUAGUUCAGAUACAGAUGGUCGAGCAUUGCUUGGAAGAUUUCAGACGACUUCCCAGAAUUUGGAAGAUGAUGUUGAAAUUAAAGUUCAGGUAGAGUCUGUGAUCGAAUUUGAACCUGGUUUAGAUAGCUUCACGGAACAGUUAAUGGAGAUGAAAAAUGCACAAGCUAGAGUUUGUCUCUUGUACACUUCAAAAACAGACGCAAGCGUGAUUUUUCAAGACGCAGCAGCAUUGAAUAUGACUGGUGCAGGAUAUGUUUGGAUCGUGACGGAGCAAGCCUUAGAUGCGCCUAACGCACCGGAAGGUCUUCUCGGCUUGAAAUUAAUUAACGCGGAGAAAGAGAAGUCUCACAUCGACGAUAGCCUGAUAGUGCUUGUAUCCGCCUUACGAGAAAUGAACAAGUCGAAAGUAAUCACGGAGGCGCCAAAGGAUUGCGCAGAUUCUGGCUCGAUAUGGGAAACCGGCAAAAGCCUUUUCGAAUUCAUCCUCAAAGAGGUACUAUCAGAUGGUAAGACUGGCAAAGUAGCGUUCGAUGAUAAUGGGGAUCGCAUUUAUGCUGAAUAUGACAUCAUUAAUAUCCAGGAGAAUGGUAAAAGGGUCUCCGUUGGGCAGUAUUUUUAUCCAACUAAUGGUACCAAAAUGACAUUAAGUGUCAACGAGUCCAACAUAACGUGGCCUGGCCGACUGCAAACUAAACCCGAAGGUUUUAUGAUUCCUACGCACUUGAAAGUACUCACUAUCGAAGAAAAGCCAUUUGUUUACGUUCGCGAGAUCACAUCCGGUGAACCAUGUCUUCCAGAAGAGAUUCCAUGCCCUCAUUUUAACGUCACAGAACAUGAAAAUCUUCAAACAUUUACAGCUACGAAAACAUAUUGUUGCAAGGGAUACUGCAUGGAUUUGUUGAAAGAAUUAUCAAAGACCAUUAAUUUCACCUAUAGUUUGGCUCUGUCUCCCGAUGGACAAUUUGGCAGCUAUGUGAUCAAGUACAAUUCAGUUGGAGGAAAAAAAGAAUGGACAGGACUUAUCGGAGAAUUGGUGAAUGAAAGAGCAGAUAUGAUCGUCGCUCCUUUGACGAUUAAUCCGGAACGCGCCGAAUUUAUCGAGUUCAGCAAGCCGUUCAAGUAUCAAGGCAUCACUAUUCUUGAAAAAAAGCCAUCAAGAUCAUCAACCCUUGUGUCGUUUCUACAACCAUUCAGCAACACUCUAUGGAUACUGGUGAUGGUGUCGGUACACGUAGUGGCUCUAGUUUUGUACCUCCUCGACCGGUUCUCACCUUUCGGGAGGUUCAAGCUAGCAAACACUGACGGUACCGAAGAGGACGCCCUGAAUCUGUCCAGCGCCGUUUGGUUCGCCUGGGGAGUACUUCUCAACAGUGGAAUCGGGGAAGGUACUCCACGGAGUUUUUCUGCUCGAGUGUUGGGUAUGGUGUGGGCAGGAUUUGCAAUGAUUAUCGUUGCUUCUUACACUGCCAACUUGGCUGCUUUCCUCGUGUUGGAACGGCCGAAAACUAAAUUAACUGGCAUCAACGAUGCUCGACUUAGAAACACCAUGGAGAACCUUACGUGCGCCACGGUGAAGGGCUCAGCUGUGGACAUGUACUUCCGUCGACAAGUAGAAUUAUCCAAUAUGUAUCGUACAAUGGAAGCGAACAAUUACGACACUGCCGAAGAAGCUAUCAGAGAUAUAAAAAUUGGGAAACUCAUGGCUUUUAUCUGGGAUAGUUCUCGAUUAGAAUUCGAAGCUGCUCAGGACUGCGAAUUGGUAACUGCUGGAGAGUUAUUUGGCCGUUCCGGUUAUGGGAUUGGUUUGCAAAAAGGUUCCUUAUGGGCAGACGCUGUUACUCUUGCUAUCUUGGAUUUCCACGAAAGUGGUUUUAUGGAAAGCCUUGACAACCAUUGGAUUCUUCGAAGUAACGUACAGCAAUGCGAGCAACUUGAGAAAGCUCCAAAUACUUUAGGCUUAAAAAAUAUGGCUGGAGUAUUCAUAGUGGUCGGUGUUGGAAUCAUAGGUGGUAUUGGACUUAUCAUCAUUGAAGUAGCGUACAAAAAACAUCAGAUCCGCAAGCAGAAAAAGAUGGAACUGGCGAGACACGCGGCUGAUAAAUGGAGAGGUGCGAUCGAGAAACGAAAGACUCUACGAGCUUCGAUAGCCGCUCAGCGAAGGAUUCAAAGUAACGGCCUUAACGAUCCUACGACCGUAAGUUUAGCAGUCGAUACGGUAGCUAGAUCGAACGUAUCUCCGCGAAGUCCUGGUCGGGCAUGGCCAGGGGACAGUGACAUCCGUCAACGACCUAUACCACGUUCAGACGAUAUCAGAUUAUCGCCCGCUGCAUACACUGCAAACGUCUCACAUCUCAUAGUGUGAAAUAACUCGUCCUCAUCGAUUACUUGUACAUCGUAAAAUAUCAACAUGUUAUAUUAUUACCUGAGAAAAAAGUUUGUUAGAUAUGACACAUAUGUAACUGUGUUGAAAAUGAUAAGUUUGUUUUAUACAAUAAAGACCGUUACUUUAAAGACUC